AUGACCGCGGCUACUUCCGCAUCGCCAACCGCAUGGUGGCGCCUCAUCCGCUUCGUGGCCCGCGAAGACGGCCAGACGUACUUCGGGCAGCCUGUCGACGACCUGUUGGAUGUCGGGGUGGCAUAUGCCAAUGCUGACCCGCCUAUUCGUGCCAAUGUGCUGUACACGCAUCCGCUCUCUGGAACAGCACCGCUCUCCGGGGUUAUCAAGACGGUCUCGACGCUGCUCCCACCGCUCCUGCCGCACGAGGUCCCCGCGAUCCGCGGCCUGGGGGCCAACUUCGUCCAACCGGGUCAAAACGCCUACGACGCCAUCGCCAAACGUCCGCCGAUCCCCAUCCUCUUCUACAAGCCCAACGCGACGCUCUCGGGCCCGGGCUGCGAGAUUGUCAUCCCGCCCUGCGCCUCGGACGAGUCCGACUACGAGGUGGAGCUCGUCGUCGUGCUCGCCCGCUCGAUCAAAGACGCCUCUCCCGCCGAGGCCAUGUCUGCCAUCCUCGGGUACACGCUGUCGAACGACGUCACGGCGCGAACGCGCAUGUUUGCUGUCAACCAGUGGGGGCUCGCCAAAAGCUUCGACGGCUGGUUCCCCAUCGGACCUUGCCUUGUUUCGGCCUCCAACCCCCGAGGCAUUCACAACCCGGACAACGUCCAUCUGACCACAAAACUCAAUAACAAGAUCAUGCAGGAUGGCAACACGUCCGACAUGCUCUGGAAGACCGCAGAGACGCUCGCGGAGCUGAGCAAGGGCACGACGCUCGAAGCGGGAAGCUUGGUCAGUAUGGGCACGCCUCCCGGUGAGGGCUUCAAGCGCACCCCCAAGGUCUGGCUGAAGCAUGGCGAUACGCUGCAUCUGUGGGGCAGUGGCGGAUUGGGCAGUCUCAUCAAUGGCGUCAGGGCGCAGGCGAAGGGCGAUGAGCGGCCGGUGUUCAAGGCCAAGCUGUAG